CAGAAAAUGGCCUCGUCCUCCUCCUCGUGCUUCCUUCUCUUCGCUGUUAUUCUUGCAGUGAUCUCAUGGCAGGCUAUAGCCUCCGAUCCUAGCCCUCUCCAGGACUUUUGCGUCGCAGACAAUAGCUCACGUGUGCUAGUUAAUGGAUUCGUCUGCAAGGACCCAAAGGUUGUAACAGCGGAGGACUUCUUCCUGGCAACCAAACUUGACAUGCCGAGGGACACAAAGAUGAGCAAGGUUGGCUCCAACGUGACCUUGAUCAACGUCAUGAAGCUUCCAGGCCUCAACACUCUUGGCAUCUCCCUAGCACGAAUCGACUAUGCACCCCUAGGCGAGAACCCACCACACACGCACCCUCGUGCAACUGAGAUCCUCACCGUGCUUGAGGGUACACUCUAUGUUGGCUUCAUCACGUCCAACACUGACAACAAACUCUUCUCCAAGGUGCUCAACAAGGGUGAUGUGUUUGUCUUCCCGCAAGGACUUAUCCACUUCCAGUUUAACCCCAAUCCCUACAAGCCAGCAGUUGCAAUUGCUGGACUUAGCAGCCAGAACCCAGGGGCAAUUACCAUUGCCAAUGCUAUAUUUGGAUCAAAGCCUAUGAUCUCCGAUGAUGUACUUGCCAAGGCAUUUCAGGUGGAGAAGAAGACCGUAGACUGGCUCCAAGCUCAGUUCUGGGCUGACAACCACAAUUAAUUAAAUGUUCUAUGUAAUAGUAAUUAGUUAUUGUAUGUGAUCCAAAAAUAAAUUUCUGAAGUUAUUGGUUUGAUUCAA